CUCGGGGCCGGAGCAGGGGCUUGGGCACGGCUGAUAGGAUCGGGGCCGGGAGCGGAGCGGGACCCGCUUCCCGCAGGCCCCGGGCGGGCUGCGGGCCCGGAGGCGCUCUGUGCCGGGACAGGCCCUGCACAGCCGCGCCCGCGGUGCGUGACACGGACGGAGCUGCUGGCACCCGAGCUCGGGGUCACUUCGCACCGCUGCUUCCAGAGCGGCUCCCAGCAGAGCUUCUCUCCCGGCAGUUCUCCCUCGUGGCCGCGGUGCCGGGCACUGACUGUCCUGCAAGGCUCAGGAACAAAAGCUGUGCCCCAGCUGGAGUUAGCGGGCAGGGAGAACACGGGUGGCAGGCUCUCCUUGCACCCCAGGGAGCAGCGGGUUCGUGAUCAGCGGGGGGCUCAGCUGCAGCUCACCAAUCCGAGCCUGAUGAACAUCUCUGAGAUCACACUGUAGGCUUGUGUGUGGUUAAAUCUUCCCAAAUGCAUUCUGAUCCUGAGGACAGCAGUGAUGACAUUGAAGAUGUGUCUCUCUUUGAUGCAGAUGAUGAUGUAUCCAGGAGAUCCAAAAAGUCAAAAAUAAGGCACCCAGUGGCAUCAUUUUUCCACUUAUUCUUCCGAGUCAGUGCCAUUGUUGUUUACCUGCUCUGUGAGCUCUUAACCAGCAGCUUCAUUGCCUGCAUGGUGACCAUCAUCCUCCUCCUGUCCUGUGACUUCUGGGCUGUAAAGAACGUCACAGGGCGGCUCAUGGUUGGCCUUCGCUGGUGGAACCAGGUGGAUGAUGAUGGCAGGAGUCACUGGGUGUUUGAGGCCAGGAAGGUGUCAGCACAAGGGGGUAAAACCUCAUCUGAAGCAGAGUCCCGAAUUUUCUGGCUGGGCCUGAUCACCUGCCCUAUGAUCUGGGUGAUCUUUGCCUUCAGUGCUCUCUUCUCUUUCAAAGUGAAGUGGUUGGCCGUGGUGGUGAUGGGGGUGGUGCUGCAGGGAGCCAACCUCUAUGGCUACGUCAGGUGUAAAGUUGGCAGCAGGAAGAACCUGACCAGCAUGGCAACCAGCUACCUGGGGAAGCAGUUCCUGCGGCAGACCGUGGCUACAGAGGACCAAGCAGCAUCCUGAGUGUGGUGGGAGCCUCCAGCCAGGCUGCAUUCCCAGCAGUGACCACAGAGGAGUUGCUCUGAGCAAUUUGGGAGCUGCACACGAGGUGUGAAUCAAAAGAAGUAAAUAAAUUGUGCAAGACUUGA